CUCUUUCUCUCGCUCACACCUCCACACUCAACCGGAGUUUAGCUGACGAUCUAUAUAAAUCGCAACCAACCACGCAACAAGGCCAAUCCAUCUAUCAGUCCAUCCAUCCGUUGCAUCCUCGCAAGAAGCCGUCUCGUCUCUCGUUACGCCCCAAGAGAAAGGGCACGGAAAGCUCUAUCUCCUCGCCAGUUUCAGGCUUUCGGCUCGUGAAUUCCUCAUCUUUUCAGCCACUUUGCCACCACCAGCGACCACCGGCCGACCGGCCCAUCUCGCCCCGGUGGUCACGAGGAACCCACGGCCGUCGGCCCUUGCCGCAACUUGCAACAACCCUUUUUUCCUUAUCUUUCCCGGCCCGUGGUAUUAAAGGGAGGUGCAGCGAUGGAGCAGCAGCAGCAGGUGAGGAGCAAGAGGAACGGCGUGGUGCAGGUGCAGGACGGCUCGGAUAUCCGGGCGCUGGUGGAGAACAAGGAGGCGUUCGCCAAGUUCGUCGACGACAGGUUCAGGAAGCUUGACGUAGACGGCGACGGGAGGCUGUCGGUCAAAGAGCUGCAGCCCGCCGUCGCAGAUAUCGGCGCCGCCAUCGGGCUGCCGGCGAGGGGGUCGUCGCGGCAGGCCGACCACAUCUACGCGGAGGUUCUUAACGAGUUCACUCACGGCAAGCAAGACUCCGUGAGUAAAUCGGAUUUCCAGCGCGUGCUGUCCGAUAUACUUCUUGGAAUGGCGGCUGGGCUUCAGAGAGACCCCAUCAUGAUCCUCAGAAUAAAUGGGGAAGACCUGAAUGAAUUUCUUGACAGUUCAAGGUAUGAACCUGAAGCAGCGGCCAUGUUUUCACAAGUAAAUCCCGGAAACAAUGCGUCGUUGCGCCAGUGCUUGUUGGCUGCUCUUCGACACCUGACGGUAGACCACGGCAUGCCACCUGCUUCUGACUCUUGGGUUGUGGAAAAUAUCAUAGAGCCUGCAAUGCAAAAGCUUACCUAUGAUCAGCUGGAUCAGCCUGUUUCCCGAGAAGCAUUUUUCCAAGAAUUCAAAAAGUUCCUGAGCAUCGUCACUCAGCGACUGCAACAGCACCCUGUGAUUGUCGCACAUACGGAGAACACCUUCGACGGGAAUGGUAUCAGGAGGCUGCUGUCGAACAAGUUCGAAUUCGACAAGCUGUUGGAUUCGGUUUGGAGAGAUGUGCCGAAAGAACACAAAGAUAAAACAUCGAAAGAGUACCUCCGAGUUGCGCUUGAUAGAAUUGCUGACUCGGCAAGCCUACCACCUUACGGAGCUGUUGAUCAGGUGGAUGCUGUGGUGAACGAAGCAUUCAAGAUGGCUAAAGCCGAUGAUGGGAAGGUGGUGGACGAAGCAGAGUUCAAGAAGCUUCUGACUGAGAUCCUAGGAGCGAUCAUGCUGCAACUGGACGGCAACCCAAUCUCUGUAUCGACCAACACCGUCGUCCACGAGCCGAUGUCCGCCCCCUCCCCCCUCUUGUCACCAACGCCGCUGUCUCCAAUGGUGUCCUCCCCCAGUGAAUAGAGAGAAGCUAAUAACUGAUGCAACGAUGGAGAAGAAUCUCCAUUGAGCACUGGAUAUGAUGAAGGUUUUCUUCAUGUCACAGUGCAAGAACACUGGUGACUAGAAGAUGCAUAUGUGGCUUGUAACUUGGAUGCGUGUUUACCGUUGAAAUAAGGCUUUUCCAAGCCAGACGUUGCGUGGUUAACAGAGGUGGUUUCGUUUCUUUUCCAGCUUUAGGAAGAGAUGGAGCUGUUAAAAGGACUGCUAGUUCUUGAUGCCAUACAGGGAAAUCAAUGUUUGGCAAAGAAUGUUUCGGUAUGCCGAGUAAUUACGAGGAGAGAGAAAGAGUUUUAUCAUACGUGACUAGGAUACUGAUAUUAACGUGUGAGGAUACUGAUAUUAACGUGUGAGGAGUUUUAUGUAACGUGUGAGGAGUUCUAUUUCUCAUGACAUAAGUUUUACUAGGAUACUGAUAUUAAUACGUGAGGAGUUUUAUUCGCAUA